AUGGUCGCAAGAAAAACACCUGCCGCCGGGGCUUCCACCGGGGCUGUCGCCGGGGCAGCCGCCGUGGACGUCAUCCCCACCGCCUUGACAGACCAGAUACCACCCCUCCAGGGCAUCCGCACGCGUACCUUUUUUGUCGUCAAGGCGCGUCUGGAUGCCGAUGCCAUGAAAAGGGGCCUGGACACGCUCAUCCGCGAGCACUGGCGCAAGCUCGGCGGGCGCAUCAUGCUCAACAAGUCGACCAGCCUACAGGAGUACCACGUGCCCAAAACCUUCCCGCCGGCCGACACAUACGACCUCUUCCUGUGGUCGACCGAGACCAAGACCGGGCCCAUCGACGCCGACGCGCCACAGCUGAUGCAGACGCCCCCCGUCGAGUCCAGCGAGGGCGGCGGCGGCAUCGCCUUUUUGCCGCCGGUUACGGACUACGACCCCAAGUUCCGCCCGGCCUCGUGGCCCUACGACGUCGACCACGGCACCAACGACACGCCCAUCCUGCUCGUGCACCUCACGCAGUACGAGGAUGCGACCGUCGUGGCCCUGAGCGUGCCGCAUGCGGUGGCGGACCAGCUGGGCACAUCUCUUCUGGUGCGCGCCUGGAUGGGUGUUGUCGCCGGCCAGGCGCCGCCGCCGCUCCUGGAGCAGGAUCCCUUGCCGCAGAGCCGCGAAUUUUCGUCCCUGACCAAGGCGGAGCAGCGCCCGCAAAAGGGCAAGAUGCACGUAUUCUAUACCGGCGAGUACCCGGUCGUCCUCUUGGGCUUCUUCCCCGACCUGAUUUUCAACUCGGAGGAGACAAAGCGCAUCAUGUUCCUCCCCAUGGCCACCGUCAAGGCUCUCCGUGCGCGCAGCUCCAAGGCGCUGAACGCCAGCGGAGGCGACCCGGGCAUCACGGACAACGACGUCAUUACCGCCGUGAUGACCAAGCUGUCGCGCAUCCACAAGGGACCGGUGACGAUGAACCUGUCGCAGACAGUGAACCUCCGUGGCCGCCUCCCGCAGUUGACCGGCCCCGCCAUGGACGGCUUCCUGCACAACGGCCUCUCCCACGCGUCGACGCGCUUCCGCCUCGACCGGAACACCCCGCUCGCCCAGAUCGCCAAGGACAACCACAGCUGCGUCGAGGAGAUGCGGGAUCCCGCCCAUGUCGACAUUCAUCUCGCCAUCAUCCGCGAGAUGGCCCGCCGCAAGCAGAACAUGCACAUCUGCGAGCCUUUUGAGACGUCCUUCUCGGUGACGAGCUGGUCGGCCGCCUGGCGGGGCCUGGACUUCUCCGCCGCCGUGGCCACCUCCGCCACCACCUCGGCCGAUGACAGCGGCGCCAAGACGCCCCUGCCGCCCCCGGAAGUCUUUGUUAUUGGUCGCAGUGGCUUGCUCACCACGCCGCACCGCUUCCACGCGACCGUCAUGUUCCGCAGCGACGCCGGCUACUGGAUCGACAUUGGCUUCAGCACCAAGAACUUUGCCGCUAUGAAAGCCCAUCUGGCCCAUGACCCCAAACUGGAGAAGCUGUAG